AGAAAUACUUCAGUUUUAUGAAGUAUGUGUCUCUGUGUGUGAACAUCAUGUCUAAAUUUGCGUGUCCAACGUCAGACACCCCAGGGCUCAUUCCACAAUUUGUCUAUUUUUGAUUAUUUUGUUUACUUUUGAAUGAGAUGUGAAGCUGCAAAAUGUAUGUCUUUAAGCUACUGCUUCAUUUUCCAUGUCAACAAAUGUAAUCAUCGUUGAUUGUCUUAACACAUUUAACUUAUAUAGAGCACAGUGUCCUUUGCCCUUUCAACCAAUACAUAACUUACAUUACAAGCAUAGUGACAUUCACAUGAAGCAGACAUUGUGCACAGUGCGUUCUCACGCACAGUUCUCCUUCACACGUAAAUCUUAUCAUGAUCAUCAGCAUUGAAUAUGACAACCAAAGACACAGUGAUAAGAAUCAGCACUCGCCAUAAUGUGUUGUACAGUGUUGUAUUCUUGUGAAAAUAAAAAGAUUUUUUGUUCAGUAACUGAAUAAAUGCUGCGUACAUUUCUAAAAUAAUAGGCACAUUUUUUAUGACCUGUACAGUAUGUUAGGGGGGAAAUUAACAUAUUUCAAUAUAUGACCCUGCAAGGCAAAACCAGUCGCUUUGGUAACAUUUACAAAAUUGAGUUAUUGUGCUCACUUCCUCACUGCCAUAUAACAUAAGCUUUCUAACUAUAUGUAUAUAUCGAGGAUAUCGCUAAGACAACUGCAUCCAAGGUUGGCACGAUUCACCUGUCACAAUAUGCCAAAAGGGGAAUCACCUUUUUACUUGUCUAAAGCUGGAGCUGCACCAGUGGCAGGGCACAGGCAGGACCCUGAGGAGAGACAGUGGCCAGAGAGGGAAGAGACACAUUUUCGGUUUUCAUCUAAACUCAACGCUUGGCUUGAACGUGAGAAAAUACAUCCAGUGGACUGUAUGAGGCUGGUCCUGAUUGGGAAGACUGGAGUUGGAAAGAGUGCAACAGGAAACACCAUCCUCGGGAAGAAGGAAUUCAAGUCCUCGGCCUUAAUGAGGUCUGUCACAACAGAGUGUGAGAGAAGAACGGCAAUGAUUGGUUCAAAAAUGGUGCAGGUCAUUGACACCCCAGGUCUGUUUGACACAUCUGUCUCACAUGAGAAUAUUAGAGAGGAGAUCGGGAAAUGCAUCACCAUGUCCUCACCAGGACCCCAUGUGUUCCUGCUCCUGAUCUCCGUGGGACGUUUCACCCAAGAGGAGAGAGAGACAGUGAAGAUGAUCCAGGAGAUCUUUGGAGAGUACUCAAAAGCGUACACAAUGGUGGGCUUCACUAGAGGCGAGCUUCUGAGGGAAGAAAAUAUGGAUAUUAAGGAGUACAUAAAACAAAGUCCAGCUCCUCUGCGGGCUCUAAUUGAGGACUGUGGUGGUCGACACCAUGUUUUCUGCAACAAGGACAAAGACACGGAGAAACAUCAGGUCUCGUCUCUUCUGGGUAAGAUUGACAGAAUGAUUCGGCAAAAUGGAGGAAGAUUCUACACCACCGCCAUGUUUGAGGAGACUGAGGCAAAUAUCAGAGCGAGAGAGAUGAGAUUGUUACUGCAGAGAAUGGAAGAACUGGAAGACGCACACAGGGACAAAGACGUCACUUUUUUAGUCAAUGAAAUAUCCAAGAUCAAGCAGGCACUGGAGAGGAAGCUCAGGAGCUUGCGUGAUGGCUCUCUACGAGAAAAAGACGAAGACAUGAAGAAACUCGAAAAGUUACGAGCCAACCUCGAGAUGAACCACGAGAAGAAGAUCAAUGAAAUGGAUAGCAAAAUCUUUGCUCAACUCGCCAGUGCUCGUAACGGUAUUCGCAGAAAGGCAGAGAGAGCUGAGGCAAAAGCUGUGGCCAAAGGUUUGAAGCAAAACCAGAAUAAUUGCACCAUAUCAUAAUACUGAAAAUGUUGUAUCAAAUAUAAAUUAUGAAAUCAUCUGUAAAUCAUGUAAUGAAUCUGAUUAUGUUGCUGACACUCGCUCACUUUGCAUGCGGUUAGUAUUGGUUGAAAAACAUUGACAUUCUCUUGUUGUACUCUUGAACCGCCAAAAACUGACAUUGUUGGGUUUUACCCUUGUGCCCUUUAUUAUUUUUCAUUUAUGUAGGAGUAAGCAAACUAGUACAGUCUAGUAAAAUCAUUCUUGAUACCUUUUUGGCUGUUAAUGUCUUGAUUUUAUUUUAUUUUUUAAAAAUAUGAUUAGUGAGCUAUUUGAACUGCUAUUUGGGCUUGAAUUAAACUGCAUGUCUUUUUCAUGGUUUUACACAUUAAGGCUAAAAAGAGGGACAAUUAUAACUUCAUGUAUUGCAUCAUUACUUUAAGGAUCAAAUAUGGAGUGGUUUUGUGUCUACAUGGAAAGCACACCGAGAUUUCACCAAAUCCUAUUAAAAACACACAACAAACAACUCUCCACAUUAAA